ACUGUAUUUAUAACUCUCUUUUUUUUUGAGAAAAAGAAAGAAAAGAUUGAGUAUGAAAGAAGCGAAACCAGGUAAAUUGAAUGUACAUCAACAACACGAAAACGGUCACUUCUCUCCGUUCAAGUUCGCCAAGUUAUUAGAUCCAGAAGCUUCUUGGGACAAGGAUCAAUUAGGAGAUAUAUUGCAUUGGAUUCGACAGGUUGUAGCUCUUUUCUGUGGUUUAUUAUGGGGAGCAAUCCCAGUGGCUGGAGGCAUUUGGAUCUUCAUUUUUCUGGCCAUAUCCACUGGCAUUAUAUAUGGUUAUUAUGCAAUGAUACUGAAGAUUGAUGAGGAAGAAUUUGGGGGUCAUGCAGCUCUUCUACAAGAAGGGCUUUUUGCUUCAAUAACUGUCUUUCUGUUGGCAUGGAUUCUCGUAUACAGCUUGGCCCACUUCUGAUAUGAAUUUUAUCAUCAAUUUGGUUGCCCUCUGUUUGUAAGUCACAUUUCUAGGAUUCAACUCUUUAGAUGAGGAAUAGUUCAUUAUUUCCAAAAACAAUUUAGAAACUUUCUUACUUGAUAAAUGCCUGUAGUUCCUUUCACUUUUCAUUGUGCGACACUCCAAUUUUGCAGACCAUGAAGCUUUUUUUAAUCAUG